CACAGCUACUAAUUGCUGUUGAGUGUGUAUUAAAAAUAUAAUUACGUCCUACAAGCUACAGCCGCCAUUAGAAAGUGUAGUCAAACAGGCAACAAUUUCAACGAUGACCUAUGGACAAUCUCGAGUAGAAUGAUGGCAAGAAGGUGUAGUCAUUCAGGUAUGACUAUUCAUGGCUUUAAGACCUUAAAUCGAUUUAGCAUUUAGUUAAAUUACUGCACAAUGUGGUAUGGUGCAACAUUGGAUGCCCAGUUUGGUAACGUAGUGCACAUUUCGUACAGAGAGAGAAACCGACCAAUGCUAUCGCUGCCUUCCAAGCUUCAAGUUCAAAUCAUUGGACGCAUAUGCAGCGGUUUGAAGGCGAUAAGGAGAUUGAAUAGAAAGGAGAGGCGGCACACAUAUUUCGGUUCACAAUCCGUGUGGAUGUAUGACACUUCUUUAUUGAAAUCAACCGCAGGUGGAAGUGUCGUUAAAGAGAAAACGAGGAUGUGAUUUCCCCCUGGGUGAAUUUGAUAUUCAUGUGGGUAAACUCACCCAGUCCUACUUUUCCAAGAGCCCUCUUGAAGCACAUGCGAAAGAUCUGUGUAGGGGAGGUACAGGAGCAUGGCUGACCGUCUGGACUAUUCCAGCGAAGCUCGGUCCAGACAAGAAUCGGCUUCCUAGCCGUCACUUCUCGACCAGAGCCUAAGCUCCUCUCAGACACACUCCUGCUUCACCAGCUCCCUGAAAUCAAUGCUACAUUAUUUCUAUCAUGGGAUGCGUCAAAUCCAAGAAGAGCGAUCCGACCCAGUACGCCAACUCGGUGGAGAAGGUGGACGGCAAGCUUGGGAAGCGAUGGGGCGAGAAUGCGCUGCUGGUCCACUCUGAGACGGGGUCAGGGAAAGACUCUGCCCGGGAGGACCCCAUCCUGCUGGAGUAUGCCCAGCGGCUGUCGGAGGAGAUUGUGGCCCGGGCAGUGCAGCAGUGGCUAGAGGUGGACAGCCGCUACAGUGACAUCCCCUACAUCGAGUGUGACGUGCCAUGAGGGGAGGGCGCAGGCAGUGCAAGAGGCAUUUCUGUUCUGGGAUUCACUUUGACCCUCUGGGGAGAGAGAGACAAAUGGAUGCCCAGAAGACAGGAGACCAGACAGCACUCAGAUUCAGGGUGAAACAAAAAACACUACGAACAUGUACCAGCUGGAGAUGACAGUUUAUCCCAAUCUAUGGUCCAAAGCCAUUUUUCUGUUUAAUUAAUACAUACUUGGAUGUUGUAACUCAUUUGGUGACAUUUUGACCUUGACUAACAGACAAAGACCUUGGCUACUCCUCUCAUAUUCAAUCUAGACCAUGUGCUUCCCUCCAUCGUUAGCUAGAGGAUGAGAGUUGGGGUGGGUUUGGUUAAACCGUCUUGGGAGCCAAUAAAGCAGGAGAGUAUCAUUGAAUCCUGCUUUGAAAAUGACCGGUUCUGCCUUUCAGUAAAAUUAUACCGUUUUUGUUGUUGUUGCUUGAUGCGUGUCAUCCUGGGGCCAAAUUUCAGGUCCUAUGUAGGAAGUUAUUAAUAGGCCCCUCAAGUGGCCAGUGUUUUUCACUUGAAAUGUUUGCUGGGAUCAGCAGCUACACACCUCCCUCUCCAUCUGUCUUCCCAGACAGAAGCUCCCAGUUUAGGGUUAUUGGAUAAUGGCGUCCCAGGGGGCCUGUGGUCCACAUCCACCAACAAAGGAAACUCAUUCUUCAAACUACCCAUGAAGUAGGUCCGGGACGAUACCAGUAUUGCAAUAUUCGUUAGUACCGGGGCAAGGAAACAAAACAUGAAGCGAAUUUAACUUCAGCCCUAAUGUUGGAAACAAAAAUCAUUAUGUUGUCCCAUUCAUUUAUUUUCCAAGCUAUAGCACACAAUAUUUUACAUACAGCAGGUUUUUAAAGGACCAAAGAGCUUCGUGUUUUUAUUUUUGCCAUGGAAAGAAUAUCGCGAUACGGGUAUCGUCCCGGCCCUACCAUUAAGCAUGUUUGACCACGAGCUGCAGCAACCGAGGACCUGACUACGGUCACUUUGACAAAAUGAUGCUCUAGGAAUGUUUUACAGAGGUUCAGCGUCCUACCAUUUUGUGAAUUUGAAUGCCAAUGACAAUGGGACAUUCCUGAGGGCUGGCUAGGUCCGCAUGCCAUGAGUAAAUCAGGACAUUAGGACGGAUUCACACACUUUUACCGGGACUUUGCUUCUGGGCACAAAAAGAGUGCUGGGUUCACAAAUACCUUUUGUUUUGGCCAAAAAUGUCUAGGGCCAAGCACCCUGGUUUUUACUUACUGUAUUCUAUCCAAUGAUGAACUACUGCCAUCUGCCCCAUAGAAUUUACAGCAGAAAUAUGCAACUCUAAAAGGCCAUGCUAUUUUUAUUAAGAGCAAAUGGCAUCUUAAUUGUACGAUGCUAUUUUAACAGGCCAAAGACACACAUACUCACAACAGAGAGUUGAGUUGUUUGGAAUAAGGGGACCACAACUGCCAAAGUCCUUAAUGAAUGCGAAUUACAAGCACAAUAUGUUUGACGGGCUUUCUUACGACGUUUAUUCAAUAGAAGGCGAUAUCAGUGCGUUUUAGUCAUAAGCACGUCAGUUCCCACCCUACCACAAACGAUGUUCAAGAAGCUCUAAAAAAGGUGCAUUAGUCUAGGCUGGGCAACAUGGUACAUUAACAAGUGGACAUUAUUUCACUGGAAAAUGAAGUUUUGGUGAUGUUUGGAAUGUGUAUCUCAAGUGAGAAUUCAGCUGCCAGGGCAUUAGGUUUGCUCAGCAAAAUAAUUUGGUGGUUGUGUGCUUUAACCGCUACACCAAAAACUCCAUUACAGUUAAAAGCAACAAAUACUGUUUAUAACGACAUUUGCACUAAUCUGGGUUGAGAGAUUAAUCUCUUGAACCAUCCCAAAAAUUCUGUAAACAAAUUGAAAAGCCUGUCGAAUGCCUCCCAGUCGAAACAGUUUGCGCGUAUAUUGCAACAACAUUUUGUGAUGUUAUUCUUUGUUUUGACAGUUUUUUGUU